AAUAUUGUAUUAAUUUGACAAAUAAUAUGAAAAUAAUGCUUUUGUUUUAAAAGUUUAAUUUUAGUUCUCAUUACCAUAAAAUCGAUUUAAAAAUGACAACGGAAGCUUUAGUUGAUGCUCUUCCUUAUAUUGACCAGGGUUACGAUGAACCCGGUGUUAGAGAAGCUGCAAUAUCAAUGGUUGAAGAUGAAUGUAGACGAUAUAGGCCAACAAAAAAUUAUCUAGAGGCUUUACCUCCAUUAAAUUUAAGUGCAUUUGAAACAGCUGCACUUCGUACAGAAUUGGAACGAUUACAAAAUCGUGCACCUAUGGAUACGUUAAGUAUGAAACGUUACGAAUUACCACCACCACCAGCUGGUCGUUUAGGUGAACCUCAAGCUUGGGCUGAAUGUGUCGAUAAUAGUUGUGCUCAAUUAGAACAUCAGCGUGUUCGGUUACUGAAUUUACGACUUGCAUUAACGCAUGGCCCAGCUGCAUGGAGGCGAUAUUUGGAAACUUUAAAAAAUGUUGAUGAUAAAGCUCAGGCAAGAUUAAAAGAAUUAAGAAGCGCUUUACACGAUGUUAAUUGGCAGCGAAAGUCAUUGCAAACACGUGGAGGUGAUCAACUACGUGGUUUAGAAGCACGGUGGGUUGCACUUGUAUCACAUAACUAUGAAUUAGAACAAGCCUGCUCACAAUUAGAGGAUGAAUUAGCUUUACUUGCAAAGGAGACACCGACGAAUGAAAAUACACCAGAAUGAAUGCAAAUCAAUCAGAAUAAACCUAUUAAUUUUAAGUUCUUAAAAAAUCAAUUUACU